AUGCCUGCCCUGGAGGGGACCUGCGACCUGAACUCAGUUCUUUUUACGCUGAUGAAUGAAAGACUAAGGAACGCACCAGGGCGACUCUGCUCCCGUUACCCGGGCAACUGGAGGCCCGACCCGGAAGUCCAACUAGCUCACCUAGGCGCCGGCGUCCGCUUCCAAGAUGGCGGCUGCAGUGGGCGGGCCCAAGGCACGUGGAAACACCAAACAGCCCCAAAUGAACGCAAGUUAAAGGAACCGGCCAAAACUGCAGAGGGAGAGGCUGAAGGCUGUCGCGCCCGCCUAGCGUCCUUAAGCAAUCCAAGUCGUCAGUCUCCCGGGUCCGCCCCUUCCGCCGCGGGCGGCAGCUUCCGGCUCGCGCAUGCGCAGUGUUCGCGGACUCGCCGCCAACGCCCAAUACAGUCGGGGACGAGUCCAAGAGGCCCUUUGCCAAUUCCAACUGGAACAUCCAACAUCGGACACUAAUCCAGCCAACUGCCAUAACUACAGCUUUGAUUAGACAAGAGACUGAUUUCAACAACUUUCUCCUGAUAAGAAGAUCGUGGACUAUGGAAUGGACUGGUUCUGGUUUACAGAGGCUGUGUACUUGCGUGCCUUGAUGUCCUGAAAGACCUUUUGACAGAUAGGGCCUAAUGGUAAUACACUUAAAUGUCAAGUCACCAUCCCAAAGUGAAUAUACAUGAGUCAUAUGUUACAUGCAUGUUUCUUCAAUAUGCAUGUAUCAGGACCACCUUCAUGAAUAUUCACAGCUCCUCCUGUAAACUGUUGAAUGUGUAAGUUUAGCCAACCUGUCCAGUCUAAAGCUCCUGCCUCAAAGCCUCCCCCUUCAAAGUGCCCAUCUCUGUUUCUGCUGGAGUCAGCUCCCCAGCCUCCAGGAUGGCUACCUUGCAGGUUGUACCCCUUUAGAAGAAAUAAAGCCCCCAUCUCCUUUUCUUUU